AAAAUUUAUGCGGCUACAGUAGCUCGUCUCUAUGUAGCUUAUCCUAAUCCAAACAAAUGGGCUUAUUCUAAUAUAUGGGGAGCUGUUGCUUUUCUGAAAGACAAGAAAAAACACUCCUAUUAUAUUCGAAUUAUAGACUUGAUUAAUCAUAGGGGCAUUAUUUGGGAGCAAGAGCUGUAUGAUGGAUUUGAAGUGGCAAAACAUACGCCUUUCUUUUUCUCGUUUGCUACAGAUGAAUAUAUGGCAGGCUUAUCAUUUGCAGAUGAGGAUGAUGCCAAUAUAUUUUAUACAAAGAUCACUACAAGAGAAAUAACAAAGAGUAGUGCAAAGAAUAAAAAGAAAGGUAUAACAAAUGAUGCAAUAGGAAAACUAGAUAAAUCUCAGAUUGGCCUGCCUUCAGAAUUCAGGCAUUUAGGCCAUAUUGGUUACACACCAAACAAAGGAUUUAGUGUACAAAACACAAGCCCUGAAUGGAAUGGUUUAUUUGAUCAAUUGAAGGACCUUGGCAUUUCACCAGAAGAAAUUCAUGAAAAUGAAGACUUUAUUAAGGAAUUUGUUAAUGAAAGAGGUGGCCCACCUCCACCUCCAAAAAGACCAGUGAGUUCUAUGGCAACAGGUGGUUCUACUCGCAUGAAUCGUGCACCUCCACCUCCACCUUCAAGAAGAGCAGCACCACCACCACCGCCUGUUGGAGGUAUAUAUGAUAGUGAUUUCUUUUUUAUCGUAUCUGUCAUCUAA